CAGAUGGAUUGGAUGGGCUGAGCUAAUAGCUAGGGAUAGUGGAAACCAGAUGGGCCAAAAGCCACCUGCUACUAUGCGAUGGAUUGGAUGGGCUGAGCUAGUAGCAAGGGAAAGUAGAAACCAGAUGGGCCAAAAGCCACCUGCUACUAUGCGGUAUAUAUCUACCUAGUUUGGAUUUUGGAACACAACAUGCCGUAUUUCCCUGUUAUAGACAUAUUCGGAUGGUAGUUAAACAUCAUUUGGACUAUAACAAUUGUUUUCUUUGUUCAUUUGUCCAUAACAUGAUGCUUUUACAUGCUUGGAUUCACACACUCAAGCUGCCUGCCGCAUACAUAUUUUCAGUGUUUUUCGAUGUUCUGUUUCCAUGCAUAAUGUUAGAAACACACCAGGCAUGCUUGCAGAUUCAUGCGUGUUGUGUAAAUUUUCAUGUUUUGCAUAAUUGCAUAUUUUGUAUAAUUUGUAUUUGGUCUCUUUUCCCUAUUAGUUGGGAGAGGGCCACCCAUUGCACAUCACAUGCACUUCUAUCCCCUUAGUUCCACCCUUG